CUUGUCUGAGGCUGAGUCCCUCCAUCGCUGGGGAUAAUGUGUGGACUCUCACAAACACUGGACAGAACCCAGAAAGGAGAUCCGUUUAUUGUUUUUUAAACUAUCAAAGGGUGAACUAUCAGUGGCUCUCCAACAGUGCCAGCAAACACAGUGUACUGCAAGAAGAGCUUGUCACCUUCUGAAACAGUACAAGCAGCAUUUAGGGCUAGAUGUUUCUUGUCAUGAAAAUCCAUUUCCAUUGCACAAGUUAGGCGAGUUAACAGCUUGUCACUAUGUCAAGUGGAGUUUUAGGCCGUCUGAGCACCUUGACACUCAACAUUAAGCAGCUAGUUGUCCUGCCUCGUCUUUCCCCCUCUUUUCAUUCCUUGUCAUCCCCUCAAGCCACCGUGGGAGCCCCAAAUGUGCCCAGCCUAUUCCGUGAGCCCUACAUCCAUUCAGGCUACCGUCCUGUAGGCCAGCCAUGGCACUGCUAUGCACUCAGCCUCUUUCAAAGCCACAACGAGUUGCUGAAUGUCUGGUCACACCUUUUAGCAAUACCUGCUGUAUUGCUACGCUUCUGGCUCUUUGCUGCCACAAAAAGCCUGACUCUAGACACCUCAUCGCUGCCCCUCUGCCUCUACACCCUCUCAGCUCUGACCUACCUCACCUGUAGCACACUAGCCCACUUGCUUCAGUCUCACUCAGAGCUCUCCCACUACUCCCUCUUCUUCAUGGAUUAUGUCGGCGUGGCUGUGUAUCAGUAUGGAUCGGCGCUGGCUCAUUAUUUCUACUGUGCUGAGGAGGAAUGGAGGCAGAGCUUGGUCGGGGCACUGUUCCUGCCUGGUGCUGCUUUACUGGGCUGGUUGUCAUGUGCCAGCUGCUGCUUCGCCAAGUUGCGCUAUCGCCGUCCAUACCCGCUGCGCAGGAAGAUCUUCCAGAUUGUGCCCACUAGCCUGGCGUACAUGUUGGACAUCAGCCCUGUGGCACUCCGGCUAGCCACGAGACCCUGCCAUGAGCCUGUCCUAGUGCUUCACACCCUGCAAGUGGCCUUCUUCCUGAUGGCUGCCUUCUUCUUCUCAUGCCCGGUGCCUGAGUGCUUUUUUCCAGGGAAGUGUGAUAUUGUAGGUCAUGGGCACCAGAUCUUUCACCUCUUCCUUGUUAUGUGCACCAUGUGCCAGAUGGAGGCUGUUUUUGUGGACUUCUUGGUACAGGAACGCACAGUCGUGCAGGUGCAUGGAGAGUGGAGUGUCUGGCUGGCCACAGGCUCUUUCUUUGUCCUGGUGUUGUGCAGCAUGCUGACGGCAGCUCAAAUGAGGCUGAGUGUCCAAAGGCAGCUGCGAAGAGAAAGAAUGAAGAGCAAAUGAAACUAAAUUUGUGUUUACAGUGUUCCAGUUCUGGAGAGCUACCAAACUGUGCUGUUCUCUAACACACAACAGAUUCAGUAUGCAAAGGAUAUCAACGAACAUUAAUAAUGUUAGGCCUUUUUUCUAAUAAGUAAAACAUUAAUUCUCAUAAGAACAUAAGUCCAUUUUUGAGGCUUUUAUUUUAUUGGGAUAGUGUGAAAAUUAUGUCCAAGAAUAUGCCUUGUGAUAAUGUUUCACUGAAAACAUAUCUAUACAAGGCUAUGUAUGGCUGUAUGUUGUUAUCUUAUAACCCCAGUUCCAAAAAAGUUGAGACACUGUCUCAUCUCAUCUCAUCAUCUCGAGCUGCUUUAUCCUGUUCUACAGGGUCGCAGGCAAGCUGGAGCCUAUCCCAGCUGACUACGGGCGAAAGGCGGGGUACACCCUGGACAAGUCGCCAGUGUAAAAUAUAAAUAAAAACAGAAUGUGAAGGUUUGCAAAUCAUGGAAAACCUAUACUUCAUUGAAAAUAGUACAAAGACAACAUAUCAAAUGUUGAAACUGAGAAAUUUUGGUUUUUUGAAAAAUAUAUGCUCAGUUUGAAUUUGAUAUCAGCAACACAUUUCAGAAAAGUUGGGACAGGCAAGAAAAGACUGAAAAAGUUGUGUAAUGCUAAAAAAAAAAACCUAAUUGGCAACAGGUCAGUAACAUGAUAAAAAGAGCAUCCCAGAGAGGCGGAGUCUCUCAGAAGUAAAGACGGGGAGGGGUUCACUGCUCUGUGAAAGACUGCGUGGGCAAGCAGUGCAACAAUUUAAGAAUACCGUUCCUCAAUGUAAAAUUGCAAAGAAUUUGGGGAUCACAUCAUUUAUGGUACAUAAUGUCAUUAAAAGAUUCAGAGAAUCUGGAGAAAUCUCUGUAUGCAAGAGACAAGUCUGAAAACUGACAUUGGAUGCUUGUGAUCUUCAGGCCCUCAGGCAACACUGCAUUAAAAGUAGACAUGUGUUUGUAUUGGAAAUCACUGUAUGGGUUCAUGGACAUUUCAGAAAACCAUCGUCUGUGAAAACAGUUCAUUACUGCAUCCACAAAUGCAAGUUAAAAUCAAAUAUAAACAAUAUCCAGAAACACCGCCACCUUCUCUGGGCCUGAGCUCUUUUACGAUGGACUGAGGUGAAGUGGAAAAUUGUCCUAAGGUCUGAUGAAAAGUAGAAAUAAUUUUUAGAAAUCAUGGACACCACAUCCUCCAGGCUAAAGAGGAGAGGGACCAUCCAGUUUGUUCUCAAUGCACAGUUUAAAAGCCAGCAUCUGUGAUGGUAUGAGGGUGCAUUAGUGCACAUGACAUGGGUAGCUUGUACAUCUGGGAAGGCAUCAUUAAUGCUGAAUUAUAUAAACACGUUUCAGAGCAGUAUGCUGCCAUCCAGACAAAAUCUUUGUCAGGGACGGCCUUCCUUCUUUCAGCAAGACAAUGCCAAACCGCUUUCUGCAAGUAUUAAAACUGCAUGAAUCUGUAAUAAAAGAGUCCAGGUGCUAAACUGGUCUGCCUGAAGUCCAGACCUGUCUCCCAUUUAAAACAUUUGGCACAUUAUGAAGCACAAAAUACAACAAAGGAGACCCCGAACUGUUGAGCAACUGAAAUUGUAUGUCAGGUAAGAAUGGGACAACAUUCCUCUUUCAAAACUACAGCAACUGGUCUCCUCAGUUCCCAAAUGUUUACAGAGUGUUAUUAAAAGUAGAGGUGAUGCAACACAGUGGUAAACAUGCCCGUCCCAAUUUUUUGAAAUGUGUUGCUGACAUCAAAUUCAAAAUAAGCAUAUAUUUAAAAUAAAUAAAUAAAUAAAUACAUUUUCUCAGUUUCAACAUUUGAUAUGUUGUCUUUGUACUAUUUUCAAUGAAAUAUAGGGUUCCCAUGAUUUGCAAAUUCACAUUCUGCUUUUUAUUUUAAAAAUUUUUUUUACAGUUUACACAGCGUCCCAACUUUUUUGGAAUUGGGUUUGUAGUAUUAAAAGGUGCUAUCUGAUUUUAGACUGAAUGGGAACCAUAACAUGUGCUUGCAUAUGUUUCUAAUGCUUACAUGUGUUUUGAUCAUGCAAAACUCAGAGCUGUGACUGAAUACAUUAUACACUAUAUGGCCAAAAGUAUGUGGACGUUGACCAUCACACCCAUAUGUGUGGUUCAUAUGUGUGACGAAUUGUAUAGAAGGUCUUUGUAUGCUGUAGCUUUACAAUUUCCCUUCACUGGAAAUAAGAGGACCAGAUAUGUUCCAAAAUUGGCGUGGAAGAACUCAAGUGUCCUGAACCUCAACCCCAAUGAACGCCUCUGGGAUGAACUGGAACACCGAGUGAACCCCAGACCUACUCACCAACAUAAAUUCCUGAUGUCAUUCACACUUUUGUGGAUGAAUAAACACAAAUCCCCACAGCCAUGGUCCAAAAUCUAGUGGAAAGCCUUCCCAGAACAGUAAACAGGGGCUAAAUCUGGGAUGGGAUAUUCAAAAAGUACUUACGGUAUAUGAUGGUAUGGUGGACACAUACUUUUGGCCAUAUAGUGUAUGUAACUUAUCAUUCAGUAACAUUUAUUCAAUGAAAAUUAUACAUUGUGGAUUCACUUAGGGCCAAUUUUGUACUGAAAGGUAUUUUAAAACUAAUGUAAUGCACUAGAACCACAGUAGUAAUCAGUUUCGGUUACUUUUGAUCAGUUUACAUGAUUUUAUGUAGUUGUCUCACGUAUAGACCAGUAUGUAUAAUCUGUUGCUUAGCCAAAGUUGCUUUCAUUAUGCAUUUAUGGGUCUGUUUGACCUAUUUCCUUCUAAUCCUUUUCAGCCUAGGCCCAAUUAAUCACUUAAAAAGAACAAAGGAAUAAAGUUAGAUUUGGCUUUAGUGCUAUCGGGAGGAGGAAUGUGUGAACAAAGGAAUCAAUUUUAUUUUGUGAGACUGGUUUUUUACCAAAGAACCUGUCAGAGGCCGGGUCAAGCAAUUCCCAGAUCAGAUUAGUUAAUCAGCUUUACCUCAGAACCUGAAGAAUGUUCUCCUGCUCGCAGUACAUCUGUUAGCAGAUGCAGGAAACAUAUCCAUCAAAAUAUAUGCAAAGAGUUUUGUGUUUGUUUGAACAUGACGUGAUUUGUAAGUUUAUCCGUUAUUUCUCGUUAUAAUUUACUGUAUUUAAUUAAAAUAAUUAUUACCUCAGGUGGUUGGUAAAGAAAGAAAGCUAUAUUAACUUUUUAGUUAUAAUGUACUGUACUCAGUUUAAAGGAUUGUUAUUACCACAGCUGGGCUGUAAAGAAAGGAAGCUAUAUUCACUCUCGGGGGCAGAAAAGUCCUGUACGUUAUGGACAUUUGUAUUUUGACUGACUGUUCAGACUGAUAGUGUGUUUUCCACAUGAUGUAGAGUAUUGAUUUUGAAAUAGGUUUUCAGUUGUACUAAUGAAGGACUAAUGAAGCUCGAAACCAUCUCCACUGUGAAUCUGAGAUGAAACUAAACUGUAA